CCUCGGGAUAUUGAAUGGGGAAUAAGAGACAACGAGAUAUAUUUAUUGCAAUCCCGACCCAUCACUCAUUUGAACAAUUGGUCGGAUUGGGAGGCAAUGCAUGAAAUGGAUUCCGGACACCAGUCGGAGAGUGAAUACUUUUCGAGGGCUAAUUUGGGUGAAGUAUUUCCGGGCGCCAGCUCUCACUUAUGCCUGUCUUGGAUUGUGACCGUUUGGAAUGCUAAUGGAUUCAAAUCUUGGCAGGCGGCGGGCACUUUCCCAUUUGUUGGCGAUCCGAGGUCUAGAAUAUCAAAGUGUAUUCAGAUCGGAAUGUUUGGUCACGAGUUUGGCGAUGAAUACAAUGAACUUAUGGCCGAUUCUAAUGAAAAGGCGCCCAAAAAGUCAAUUCCGUUAACAACGAAAAUCUGGUUAUUCUUGGGUUCAUUCAAAUACUUUCUGACCCCAGGAGUCACUAUAAGAGAAGCGCAGAAAGGGCUCAAAAACUUUGAUAUAUUUGAGGGAAGAAUGGCUUUUACAGGGAAAGACGUAUUCAAGACAUUACUAGAAACGGUUCAUUUGCAGGCACAGAUGGCCUACGCUCACGGAAAGGCUACUAUUUGUUCAAUGGUUUAUAAUGUGGUUCUUCUCGAUAUUCUAAAGAAGAGUAAUAAUGAUAAUAACGGAGUUUCGUGCGCUAAUCAGGUGGUGAGCGCUCAGGUACCUAAUCUGCUCAGAGAUAUUGCAAUCUCUAUUGAAAAUAGACAACAAUUUCGACAAUUGAGUGAUGAAAGGGCUCUCAAAUAUUUACUCCAUUCGGACACAACAGCGUCCGUCAAGUUUAAGAAGUUUUUGUUAGAAUUCGGUCACAGAGGGUACAAAGAGUUUGAUCCGAUGGCACUCCAAUGGGCAGACAAUCCUAUCUCGGUGGUUAAAUCGCUCAAAACAAUGUUAAUCGGCGACCGGACUCUGGAGCUAAAGAGAUCCAAAACAAUCGAUGAAACGAUUUCGUCGUUGAAAACACCGCUCACUUUCUCCAAGAAACUACUGCUUAAGUAUCUGUUGAUCCCGUGGUGUCAGAGCGGUAUCAGUCUUAGGGAACAGAGCAAGCAUUAUAUGACCAAGAAUGUCAACCAUUAUAGGCGAGGGUUUUGGCGUUUGGCUAAACUUAUGGUAUCCGAGGGUAGACUACCGGAG